AUGAGGUUUGAUGGGCAAGAAUUCGAGCAACAAGAAGGCGAGAAAUGCGCCCAAGAAGGCGAGAUGAGGUCGCUGCGGCAGGCCGUCGGCGUCUACUGCCGCUUGCGACUCCUCCCGCAACGGCUGUGCUCGUUUCGCUUCGUUCUGUGCUGCAGCUCUCUGCCCAUCCCAGAGAAUAAUAAUCGCCGGAACUCUCAGCCUGAAAUUGACAGCUCCUCCUUCACCCGCCUCCACCAGUAUGGUGAAUCCGACUACAACCACUCUCCCAAUUACAGCCAGACUGGCGGCGGGGCAUCUGCUUGCGGUCUCGCAGCCCUCAACUGCGCUCGUGUCGUCCUUGGCAUACACGCCGCCGGUUUGGGUACCCCCCAGCUCGUCGACUCGCUCACAAAACGGCCUUUCUUGGAGCGAUGUCUCCGUCACACCGGCUCCAGCUAUGGCAAAGCAGGUGUGCCAUACUUCAAGGAAAUGCUCACGGAAAUACUGGGCUUCACCAAGCAGCACUCCAGGACGACAUGCGUCAUCAUCACUCGCCCCCCGGAGAUCCUAGCGUGUUUCUGCAUCGCAGACCUGCCGAGCGACCUCUUCGUGGUCUUCGACUCCCACCCUCGUCCCAACAAGCACCCGCACGGCGCCGCGUUCAUAUUCAAGAACUCCGUGGAUGUCACCGCCGAGCAUCUCGCCGAAGUCCUGCACUACGACGAGCAUCUUCUCAAAGACAGCGCGCUGCAGUGGCAGGCGCAGCUCCUCUCCCACUGCUCCGGCGACGUCUUCGUCGCUCCGGACAUCACCAUGACCGACAGCUACUGGUCCGAGCUCGCGCUCGACGCCAGCUUGCAGAUGCUCGCCCACCAAGCGCGCGUCCGCGAGCUCGAGUCCGCGAACGAGCGGCUCGAGAUCGACAACAAGGCGCUCAAGGACGAGGUGUCCAACACGGAAGACAGGCUUUCCGAGCUCGACGACGAUUUCGAGCGUCUCAAGAGGAAGUAUACGAAGUUGAAGAAGACUCUUAGCGAAUCCGGCGGAGCAGCCGCUGGGCCCUCUGCCGGUCUACACAAUCACCGCUCCGCCGACUUGGGCUACUCUCAGAGUCCGAUUGGGACGACUCUCACGCGACACGCGGUCGUGCACGUUGACACGAACGCUGCAUCCAACGCGCAAGCCAGCAGUCACUGGCCUGCCCAUAAACAGGCCAACGACGGCGACCUCGCUUUCAACCUGCAGCGUCAGUUCGAUGAAGAAGACCAGGAGCUCCAACGCCAGCACCGCUUCCUGCAAGACACUCAGCCGGCGAUCUUCGAAUGCGGCAUAUGCUUCGACCGCUUGCAGGAGGACUUCGUCGUCCGUCUCAUGCCAUGCAGUCACACCAUGUGCCGCCAGUGCGCCAAGGCAUACGCUGUUUCUGCCAUUGAGGCGCAUCGGUACCCCAUCCAAUGUCCAUCGUGCACAGCUGGUCAAGAGCAAGGCGAUCCCAGCGAACUCGACGACGCGGUCGUGCGUCAGCUGGGCUUGACGGACAAGCAGUACGAGACCUACAGCGAGAUGCAGCUCGCCCGCUUCUCGACCAUCAUCCACUGUCGCAAGUGCAAGGAGACCAUCUUUGUCGACAAAGUCGAGUACCAGGAGACAGAGAUGGUGGCGAUACAAAUAGGGGGUCCGAAGCACUCCUGUGACGGCUCGACUGAGCUACAGCACCUCAUGGGCGAGCGCGGAUGGAAGAAGUGCCCAGGCUGUGAGACUCCUACAGAGAAGACGGAGGGGUGUAACCACAUGACAUGCAUGUCCCCGUCGUGCAAUACUCCUGCGCAUCUCGAGGUGGAGGAUAUCCACAAAGUCCCCAUCUUCCAACGGUCUCUCCACCAUGUCCGAUCCAGCUAUGGACUUGCGGAGAUGUCUUACUUCAAAGAACUGCUCUCCGAUCUCUUCGUCAUUUUUGACUCGCAUCCCCGUCCCGACAAGCACCCUCAUGGCGCGGCAUUCAUCUUCAAGAACUCCGUGGACGUCACGCCGAGUAUCUUGCUCAUCUCCUGCAUUACGACGAGCAUCUUCUCAGGGACACUGCUCUUCAAUGGCAAGCCAGCUCCUCUCCCAUUGUUCGGGCAACGUUUCACGGCGCCGGACACCUCGAUGACCGACCAGAACUGGUCCGAGCUCGCUCUCGACGCGAGUCUACAGAUGCUCAGUCUGCAAGCAAGAGUACGAGAACUCGAGACCAACAAUGAGGCCCUCGAGGCCGACAACAAACGGUACGGGAGGAGAAUUCAGACCUGGAAGACAAACUUCUCGAGUUAG